AUGGAAGCCGUGCCCAGAAUUACUCAGAAACCUCAUGUGGUGUUCAUACCGUUACCUGCACAAAGCCACAUCAAGUGUAUGCUCAAACUAGCCAGGAUUCUGCACCACAGGGGCCUCCACAUAACCUUCGUCAACACCCAGUCCAAUCACAAACGCCUUCUCAAGUACGGUGGGUUUCAUGAUCUUGACGGUGUUCCUGGUUUUCAGUUCAAAACGGUUCCAGAUGGUCUCUCUUCCACUUCUGACGACGAUCAUGAUCCAACUCAAACCCUCGUUGAACUCUCCGCGUACCUUACGAUCCAUUUCUUGGAUGCUUUUCUUGAAAUUGUAGCCGGACUUGAAACUCCGGUCACUUGUAUAAUCUCCGAUGGCUUCAUGACUUUUACUCGAACUCCUUCUGCUGCUGAGAAGCUCGGAGUCCCCAUCAUCCUUUUCUGGACCAUGGCUGCCAGUGGGUUCAUGGGGUUUUACCAGUCAAAAGUUCUAACGGAGAAAGGAGUUGUCCCACUUAAAGAUGAUAGUUGUUUGACAAAUGGAUAUGUUGAUACCUUGAUAGACGUUCCGGGAAUGAAAGAGAUCCGUUUAAGGGAUCUACCUGAACAUAUCUGGGGCGUAGGGCCAAAAUCUUCGGCUUUAAAAUUCAUGGUCCAAAUCGCACACGAAGCUGAUAAAAUUUCACACAUGAUUAUCCAUACUUUUGAUGAAUUAGAAAGCACUCUCAUCCAAGAGAUUAAAUCCAUGUUUCCUCACAUCUACACCAUUGGGCCAUUGGAGUUACUUUUGAACCAGAUGACAGAAAAAGAUACCAAGAACUCGACUUUCAAUGGUUAUAGCUUAUGGAAGGAAGAACCCGCAUGUUUCCGGUGGCUCCAUUUGAAGGAACCGAAUUCUGUGGUGUAUGUCAAUUUUGGAAGUCUAGCAGUAAUGGAUGAUUUGGUUGAUGGUGGGUGUGGAGUUUUGCCAUUAGAACUGGAGGAAGUGGUUAAAGAAAGAGGGUUUAUAGGAAGCUGGUGUUCACAGGAGGAGGUGUUGAACCACCCUUCGGUUGGUGCGUUCUUGACUCAUGGUGGGUGGGGUUCAGUUAUUGAGAGCUUGUCUGCUGGUGUACCGAUGAUAUGCUGUCCGUUCACCGGUGACCAACGGACUAAUUGCAGACAAGUGUGCAAGGAAUGGGAGGUGGGGAUGGAGAUGGGGAGGGACGUGAAGAGGGAUGAAGUAGAGAAGCUUGUGAGGGAGUUAAUGGGCGGAGGCGGGGGGAGGAUGAGAAACAAGGCAAUGGAGUGGAGGAAAAUGGCGGAAAUGGCGACUGAUCUUGACGGUUCGUCGUCUCUAGAUGUUGAAAAAUUGGUUGCCGAUAUUAGUGUGCUUUCAAAAAACUAG